ACCAAACCGCUUCUUCUCUUCGUGGUAUAUAUGAACACGCCAACUCAUAGCCAUCACCACAUGCAUACACACAAGGAGGAGGAGGAGGAAGAAGAAGAAGGCUAGAGAGUUCAAGAAGACGGGAGGAGGAGGAGCAGCAGCAGCAGCAAUGUCGUACCUGCAGAAGCCAUCGUACUACACCAUCUCGCUCGUCGUCGUCCUGCUUCUCCCGUUCACGAUCAUCUGCGCUAGCUUUCUUCUCCCCUUCUCUGCUUACCUGCGCAACCCGGUGGUCGCCGCGGCCGUCGUGGCCUCCAGCGGCUGCCGCCGCGAGGCUGCAGCGGAGGCUGUGCCGCCGGUGGUGGCGGAGGAGGAUGUGGGCGGCGGAGGUGGGCGGCCGGAGAGGAUCAGCGUGCUCGUCGGCGUGCACACCAUGGCCAAGAAGCACUCCCGGCGGCACCUCGUCCGCAUGGCGUACGCGCUGCAGCAGACGCCGGCGCUCCGCGCCGCGGCGCGCGUGGACGUCCGGUUCGCGCUGUGCGCGCGGCCGAUGCCGCCGGAGCACCGCGCGUUCGUGGCGCUGGAGGCCCGCGCCUACGGCGACGUGCUGCUGUUCGACUGCGAGGAGAGGCCCGACCAGGGCAAGACGUACGACUACUUCGCCGGCCUGCCGGCGAUGCUCGGGCCGCGGGACCCCGCCGGCGGCCGCCCGCCGUACGACUACGUGAUGAAGGUGGACGACGACAUGUACCUCCGGCUGGACGCGCUGGUGGAGACGCUCCGGCGCUCGCCGAGGGAGGACAUGUACUACGGCGCCGGCCUCCCAUUCCUGGACAAGAGGUCGCCGCCGUUCAUGCUCGGCAUGGGCUACGUGCUGUCAUGGGACCUCGUCGAGUGGAUCGCCGGCUCCGACAUGGUCAAAGCACUAGCCAUUGGUGCAGAAGAUGUGACAACAGGGACAUGGCUGAACAUGGGCAACAAGGCCAAGAACAGGGUGAACAUUUUUCCUAGGAUGUAUGACUUCAAGGGUGCCAACCCAGAGGACUUCUUGGAGGGCACCAUUGGGGUGCACCAGCUGAAGCAAGACCUUAGAUGGGCACAAGCCUUGGAGCACUUCAAUGUCACCUGGCUAGAUCCCUCCAGAAAGACCACCAACUUAAUCUUCUCCUAGAGCCUUCUUGCUACCUAGCUUCUAGAUUAAUUAAUUCCCCUGUGGCAACCCAAGAGUAAUUUGUAGAUUACAUCCGUCAUUGUUCACAUAUAAUUUGUGUAAAUUGUAGAUAAAAUUAUUUAUAUAACGGUUGUUGGUGUGUUGCUUUGAAGCAGACAGACAACUUGAGUCGUAAGCUUAGUCGAUGGACCUCGUCCUUUUGGUUUUGUUUUAAGUCUUUAAAUCACUAAAUCACAGGAAUGAAAAGAAUGGAGAAAUAAGAAAAACAUAUGAUUCUAA